UUUAGAUCAAUUUUAUGAAGAAAUUGGAUAAGGAAUGCAAGCGCAUGACAAUAAACGUGGAUGGCGAUGCCGUAUGAAGACAUAGAGAGCAAGGGAUCAACUCGAGUAGCGAGUAUUUUAUACAUACUGCAUUAAAGAAGAAUACUUAUACUGUACCUGAAGAUCCAUCGAACAUCAAACGUUCAAAAUAUUAAGACUGUUGCAAUGAUUCAAUUAAAGUUGAGCACAAAAGCGAUAGCUUUUGGCAUUGUUUUGUUACUUAUCAAAGGGCAAGGCGAAAUCGGAGGUCAUUCGCUGCCGCACACACAAGGACACAGCGAACCAGAUGAAAUGGUCCCAGAGUUCUUGGCGCAAUUGACGAAUAUAACUGUACCCCAAGGAAGAGACAUAUCCUUCACCUGUGUUGUUGAUAAUUUGGGCCAAUAUCGGGUGGCAUGGAUUAAAUCUGAUUCAAAAGCAAUACUUGGCAUACACACACACAUGGUCUCACUAAAUCCCAGAUUAUCUGUGACACACAACGGCCACAACACCUGGAAACUUCACAUAUCUCGCGUACAGAUAAAUGACUCCGGCAGCUACAUGUGCCAAGUGAAUACGGAUCCCAUGAAGAGCCUUUCAGGCUAUUUAGAUGUUGUUGUGCCUCCGGAUAUUCUAAAUCACCCAGACCAUAAUCUCGAGGAAGGCGUCAGCACUGAGGGUGGCAGCAUUGUGCUCGUGUGUAGUGCGACUGGCGUACCCGAGCCCAAGGUGCAGUGGCGCCGUGAAACGGGAAAGGAUAUUAUACUCCGAGCGGAGACCAGAGACAAACAAGCACUUAAAUCUGUCGAAGGAGAAAGACUUACUCUGACAAAUGUCCAACGUACGGAUAUGGGUGGCUACAUUUGCAUUGCUUCCAACGGUGUGCCGCCGUCAGUGAGCAAGAGAUUUGACGUACACGUAAACUUUCCACCCACAAUUAAAGCUGUCAAUCAGUUGGUCGGCGCUCCCGUGGAGAGAGAAGUAACAUUGGAGUGCAUUGUAGAAGUUUAUCCCAAGCCACUGAAUGGAUGGUACCGCAAUGAGGGUAACAUCAAAUUGCACAACGGAAAUAAGUACAACAUAUCUGAAGAAAUGAUUAACCUGUACACAUGGCAUCUUAACUUAACCAUCCGGCACCUGACUAAAUCCGAUUUCGGCGCUUACAGUUGCUCCAGUGUGAAUGCCCUUGGCAAGAGUGAAACUCGCAUCAGACUACAAGAAUUACGAUUACCGCCCAAGUCGACAACGACGCCAACACCUCACGUGCACACAACGGCAAAACCGCGUCGGAAGCAGCAACCCGGCCACAACAAGGGACUGAACGAAGUGGUGCGUGCCAAGGAAACCCAUUUCUCAAAUCAAAUGCAGCAGGAGAACGACGUAUUCGGCGGUGGGAUUGGUCUGCCCCAGAGCGCCAACAGUGGUAAUGCUGGUAGCGUAGUUGAAAGUGGAAACGUCAACGGCAUGAUAAACGGAGCGGAAGUACAUACACAACUACCUGCACGGAACGGAUAUGAAAAGACACAUAAGUCGGCUGGCGCUGUACCAUCACCCCGUUCGCCAUGGAACUUUGAGAGUGCGGGGUCCCAGCUGCAUGCCAGCACCACGAUAGCGACAAACUCUCUGGUGUUUUUUCUUUCUUGCGUACUGUCCGUGUGUACGAGCAUGUAUAUGCUCAUUUAAAAGCACGCUCCCCAAAGAAUCCCCGAUGCGAGGCCACGAAUGGAAGGGGAGGGCUAUGCAGCUGCUUUUAAGUUGAGAGUAGGUCUGGGUCUGUCGGUGUUGGUCAGUGUAGAUCCGGUGGUUGGGCAGUACGUAGUUAUCAAUUGACUCGUCUGCCUCAUAAAUUAGUAUGUCUUAUUAGCUAGACAAAGAAAAUCGAAUAUACAUACAUAUUUACACAUACACAUUGUAUGUCAUAUAAGUUGGAAGCAUUGCUACAGGUUUUAAGACAUUAACAACUUAGUACUAUUCGCAUACAAUUUACCUACUCAAGAAUCUAUAUGCUACUUACGUAUUAUUUCGUGUUUACUCAAACAGACACUAAUGUGUAGUGAGUUACUUUGGAGCUAAGGAACUGCACUUCCAACUUUUCCAUUUCAAAAGAUACAAGAAAAUGUUAAGUGAAAUAACUAGGAUCGAUUUUUUUGAGUUUUAAUAUCAACCUCAAGAAAAUUGGCAAAAUGAAUCACAAUGUUUUUGGUACACUGGGACCCAGUUUACCUAAUAACAGUUGGCCUAAUAGAUCAAACAUCUCAAAAAAAAAGAUUAUCCACAAAAAAUUAAUCCAGAAUUUAAUUUCAGAAAUUUUAUGUUGUUCACAACUAUUUUGAUUAACCCAUCUGCAAGUCUCUUACGCUAUGGUCUCUUAAGGCUAUAUAUUUUCCGGACACGGUACAAACCGAAAAACCAAGAAGAACGUUGUGAGCCGCGCCUUCGCCGCUCCUCUCUGUUUAUACCGAGUACUCAGACAGAAUACAUGUGGCCUUAUGGUUGUCGAUCGGAUCAUUAAUUUAGCCAGAAUGAAGAGAUUAUUUUUCAGCUACCAACCCACCCUUUUCCAGAGCUGUGUCUGCCAACUCAUGCUCGCUCUCGCCACGUGCCGCGUGCACUCUCUGGCGGAGACGAGCGAGUUAAAAUGACGUGUUGGUGUGAAAAGUAAUGAAGAUGUGGCCAAACAAUUUAGGCACGUAAAAUAUUUAAAAUUCGAAAAAAAUCAUAAGGUCACAUAUGUAACCAUGACUCGAAGAAAACACGGUUCACGCCCAACUCUAGGCCCUAUUGUCACUUCGUUUCGUGUUCCAGUGUUUUUCCAACUUACCUGCACCCUUGCUUUAAGUUUCAUAACAUUUUUGAAGUACUUUGUUAUUCGUUAGACAAAAAGAUAAGUUCGAGAUUGGUCGACUCAAUCUUAAGUGUAUAUAGAGAAUAUAUAAAUAUCUUAAAUAUAAUAUGUUUAGCCUUUAACUAUCUACCAGAAAUAUAUCAGACAAUAGUUGCUACAGUCAGUCAGAGCCACCACGAUCGAUAAACUGGGAAUCCCAAUACCACUAAUCAUAUCUACUUCUUGUUUCAGUAUGUGAAAAAGUUGUUUUCUAAUUGUAAUUACAUUUUUCUUAUCGCCAUAAUUUUGUUGUACAACCGUAACUAAAUAUAAUAUUAAUAACGAAUUAAUUAAUAUUUUAUCUUAUGGUUUUUGGUAUGUUGGCAAAAUUAGUUAAUCAUUUUCCUUUGAAUACCAGGUGUUCGUGGUGAUGAAAAAAAAACUUCCAAUUAAAUCAGUCUUCAGUAAUAUUCUUAUUUGACAUUCAAAUUAUUUGCAAGUGCAGAAAAAGAAAAACAUUUUUAGAUAUUUUAGUCAAUGGCACAUAUAAUAAAAUGUUAUAAAACAAGACUUAAUAAUUGGCUGCCUAAGCUAAUAACGGAACAAUAAUAACUUACAAAUUUAUGUAACAAUGGUGAGCUUAUUUGCUCACAUUAGAUAAUGUACAGUAAUCCAAUAAUACAUACCACACAAUGCAAUGCAGAAAUGUCUUCCGAUACAAAUGAACAAUAUGCAUAUAAUAGAACGUAAGCGUAUAAGGUACUA